AAACUGAACGCCAAUAUAAUAAAUGAGUCGCAGAUUGGUUGCAGCAGAGAGCUGUUCACUCAAAAUUGAAAAUGAUAUUCAACACGAUUCUAAAUGUGACACUCCUAGCCAAUGUAACAUUGGCGCUACAAGUGAUGUACGAAGGAUUCCAGCAAUUCAGCGGUUUUGAAACAAUAGAAUAUGCUGUACGAAUAAGGAAAAUUAACCGUACAACGACAGCUGCGACUGGAAAAAUUAUUUUUAAAAAGGAAAUAGGCGCAGAUUACAAGUUUACCAUGCGCUUCUUCCACAGUCCGUUGGGCAAUCAACAGUUCAUUUACUAUCCGAUGAAAAUUCCCGAAUCCGAUGUGUGUUUUUUCUUUAAGUUUAUUUAUCCUGAUUAUGUGGAUUAUUUCAAGGACUACCUUACCAACUUACCAAAGGUUGGUGAAUGCCCGAUUAGCCCUAGAGUGGUGGAGAUGAACAAUCAUAUAAUGGAUUCAAGAAUGUUCCCGAAAUAUAUGCCAGCUGGUUUGUGGAAAGCAGUCCUGACUGGGGAAGGUCUUGGAGAUAAUGUUACUUUUGAACUAACCGCGAACAUGCGCGGAGACAACUACUACGGGGGAUGAUUCGUUGACCUCAAGAGUCAAUCAUCAUCUUCGGAAGUGUGAGUCUGGUUGCUAAAGGUUCAGUUUCAAGUCCCUUGAAAACAGCUUUAAUGUUCGAGAAAUACACAAUAGUAUCUAUAUCAGCUUAUCACGAAGAAAAUAUUCUAAAUCUUAAAUUUCGUAGCAAAUACCUUUAAAUUAUCCGAUUAGUUAUUAGCUUAGA